GUGUUAGGGUUAGCUUCACACUGCGAAGUGACUGUUGUUAGCAGCCACGUCUCAAAGUCAGGUGCACAGAUAUGAGUAACCCAGACAGAUAGGUACAUGUUAGUGUGCAGUGGGUGUGGUGUUGUUGAUCACACCCACAGGCCGGGCAGUAUGGCUGGUAACACGCCUGGCUCUCUAACGUUAGCUUCCACUCCUUCACAUCCCAUGUUACCGCUGCGGCUAGCUAACGUCAGUGUGCAACUUCCUCUUCUUAUAACGCUGCUGUCUCGUUGACCGGCUGGGUUUACGGUGUUUUUCCGUCUUAAUAAUUGAGGUUUCCAAGAUUCAAAGAGAGGACAGUGGACAUCAGGACCUGAACGCAUCCCCAGCAUUUACUGUAAGACUGAGAGACUGAUCAAUUGCUGGACCAAUCAGAAGAUGGACUGACGUUGAAAACUCUCCUCGUUCCCCUCACCUCCCUCUUAUCACCCACCUGUUGGGCCCCUGGGGGCCCUCAGGCGGCAGGCGUGAUGCCAGGCAGCAGGCAGACUGCCAGGCACCCAUUGUGGCGCCUCCUGUCACCAUUCAGCACCCGCCAGGAGCAAGUGGUUCUGGCCCGCAGCGAGAGCCUGCCUGGGGAGCAGGUGCUGAAGAUCACAGUCACAGAGACCACGGUGAUCGAGGCCGAGUCAGGGGUGUGGAACUGGCGCUCCAUGACCUACCUGGGCCUCUGGUACUUCUUCAGCUUUUGCACCCUGUUCCUCAACAAGUACAUCCUGUCGCUGCUGGAGGGGGAGCCUAGCAUGCUGGGUGCUAUUCAGAUGCUCUCCACCACCGUCAUAGGCUGCCUUAAGAUGUAUGUUCCCUGCUGCCUGUACCAGCACAAGUCCAGAACUGAGUACCCCCCCAACUUCAUCAUGAUCAUGCUGUUUGUUGGACUCAUGAGGUUCACCACGGUGGUUCUGGGCUUGGUGAGCCUGAAGAAUGUGGCGGUAUCUUUUGCUGAGACAGUGAAGAGCUCAGCACCCAUCUUCACUGUUAUCAUGUCCAGACUGAUCCUGGGAGAGUAUACAGGGCUGUGGGUGAACCUGUCCCUGUUUCCUGUCAUGGCUGGCCUGGCCCUCUGCACAGCCACGGAGAUUAGCUUCAACAUGCUCGGCUUCUCCGCCGCUCUCUCCACCAACAUCAUGGACUGUUUGCAGAACGUGUUUUCCAAAAAACUGCUAAGUGGAGACACAUACAGGUUCAGCCCUCCAGAGCUGCAGUUUUAUACUAGUGCAGCAGCAGUCAUCAUGCUUAUCCCUGCCUGGGUGUUCCUCUUGGACAUCCCAGUCAUUGGGAAGAGUGGGCGGAGCUUCGUCGUCAGUCAAGACAUUAUCCUGUUGCUGCUUUUUGACGGCGGCCUGUUCCACCUGCAGAGUGUCACUGCCUAUGCUCUCAUGGGACGGAUUUCGCCUGUUACCUUCAGUGUUGCCAGCACUGUGAAACACGCCCUGUCGGUUUGGCUGAGCAUCAUCGUGUUCAGUAACCAGAUCACCAUCCUAAGCGCCGCAGGCACCUUCCUCGUGUUCAUUGGGGUCCUCUUGUACAACAAGGCCCGGCAGUUUCAGAGGGACACCUUACAUGCCAUGGUUGCUGAGCAGAACCACAAACCACUACUUCAGGACCAGGACUUCCAAGCCCCUCAGUCUCACUGAGGGACAUAAAAUGCUGCCUGAAACGAGAUCAUGGUAUUAACAAAUAUGCUUAUCUGUGGCUGUGAAGGUGGGAUGACUAGAUAUUUGUCUGUUCUUCACCACACACACACACACACACAUUCCAGUUAAAUGGGACCCACUCGCGUUUUCUUCCAGGUUCCAAUUUGUUUCACUGUCGUGUCUUAAAACUCAAAGUAAACUCUGGUGACUGGCUUGGUAUGGUCAGUGUCCGUAUGACUAAGCCAUCACUAGUCCUGUGGAACAGUAUAUACAGUAUUUCUUUGUCCAUAACAUACUUACACUUCAAUCAUCCUUGAUCUUUUGCUUUGUAUAAUAUCGGUCGUAAAAGGAGAAGCUCAGGGUGUCCUUCAGCUUUUUGAAGGAAGUCUCUUCUGUAAGCUUUUUGUCUUACAUUUGCAUUUCAGAGUGUGCUGGUUUAUCUCAUCUGUGGUACAGCAGCUGCUGAAUGUAUGCUAUUGUGAAUAUCUGUAAAGCAUUUAAGCUGUAUGUAUGAUUGAAUUUUUGUGACGGUGUAACCUACACUGUAUCAUACAAUGUAAAAUUGAUCUUGAUUGCAUCUGAAUUUAAGAUGUGAAUUGGGCACCAGUGCCUGGCUCAUCCAGCCAAAGCGUAGACCAGCUGUUUGACACAUUUGUAAACAAUGUGUUGGACAUUUGAAAGCCACAUACUGCAUUCUAGGAAUGCUUGUGUCUACCGUUAAAUGUUGCAGGCGUACGAAAGGGUUUUAUGUACCUGUGUAUCUUCUCUUUGUUUUUCCUUUGUAAACUUACUGCAUGCUGGGAUAGCAGCCCUGGCAACCCUGAACAGGAAUGGGACCGUAGCGCGUGAAACUGGUACCUCUCCAGCUACCAGUCCACACCCCAUACUGUGGUCUGUGGGACUUGAACCGGCAACUCUCCGGUUCCUAAGCAAAGUCCCUACACACUGAGCUACUGCCGCCCCAAUAAAACCCAACUUGUAAUGAAAGUUUUCCUUUCAACCAAACCGCCGGUCAAAAUGGCAUCUCCGUGGGCCUUUUAAACAUACAUCAACUGUUAGUGAAGUUCAUGAUGAGAGCUGCAACAACAGAUGGAAAUUCACAUCCUCAUUGUUCUUUCAGCUCCUUACGGUGUCUGUGAAGUUUCUGUUAUAGAAAUAAAUUAGUGCCACGUCGCCAUCUUGCCAUAAACAUCUGGGUGGUGCCAGUUCUCACCAUACUGCUUCAGUCAUACUGUCUCCAGUCUAGUCCAGGCUUCUUUCCCAAUUUUUCUGAGGUCAGUGACUUACAAAGUCCAUCAGGUGUCUGAUAGGACUAAUCUGUGUUAAUCAUUAUCAGUCCGACAGUUAAGUGGUUCGGUGGUUUGUAAGCAUUGUAGUUAUGCUCCACUUUUGCGUGUGCCUUGAGAAGCAGUCUGUCUUUUCUUGCGUUAUCCCCACACGUACGAAUCUGAGUUGUUUUUUACAUGUUCAUUCUAUAUGGUUAUUGUUUGAGAAUUUCUGUCUCAGUUAAGUGCUUUUAAAAAAUAGGUGCAGGCUGAAAUUUAAUACCAAUACCCUACAAAUAUAUCUGUAAUCUUCCAUAGUAAAUCUUUGGAAUGCUGCUUCAGGGGUUCAAACAUGCAGAAGUGGCAGGCAGUAAUGAACUGUAUAUUUGGGAAUGUGCAAAUAAAAGGUGUACACAUAUUCACUCAUGUGACUCUUUAAGUGAGGAUGUAAUGAUAUUUGAUAGACAUUGUGCAGAGAAUAAAAGUACUUUCUCUUCAGUA